UACUUUGGACCUCAACGCCUAAUGGAAUCGUGGAGCCCCGUCGUGACAUAUGGCGUGUCUAGGACAGUUUUUUUUUUUUAAAACCUGGGGGAGCUCAUGUCUCUUCACAAUUAAUUUCUCUCAGAAAGGGAAAAAAAGACCGACAGGACGAAACAAGAGCAGAAUGGAUUUAUUUAUUGACUUGGAAAGAAUGAAUGAUAAAGUUGCCUCGGUAGGAUUUGAACUUAUAACGUAAACAAAGUAAUCUAUCCGACGCUAUAACGAUAUCGAAUUCGUUACUUUCACCACCAACACAAUAGAGGGAAAAUAUCAACGACAUUGUAAUUCAAACAAAUCUCGCAGAGUAACAGUAAUUAACGAGAUUCUCGUCUGUUGUACGAGAUUUGUGUCAGUCGCUCUUAACUUCAUUACAGACGAAAGAAGCUUUUUUUGAUCAACGUACUUUUACAUUAACUGUCCUAUAUUUGUCUAUCUAAUACAUUAUUAUACACGCACACACUGCUGUAUAUAUUAUACAUCUAUAUUUAUAUAUAACUUCACUGUUAGAUCAUACACAAAGCAGCAGAUGGCUAACCACCGCUACCCACCAAACAGCCGCCUCUUUAUUAUCGCCGGUAAAGGAAUCUCUAAAGAUGAAUAUCACAAAUGUUUUAGUAAAUUCGGUUCCAUUCAGGAUAUUUGGAUCGUUAAAGACCGGCAAACGAACGAGGAAAAAGGUGUUGUCUACAUCAAGUUUAACAAGACAUCUGCUGCUUUCCUAGCAAUGGAAGAGAUGAAUGGCAAAUGUAUCCCUGGUCAUCCCAAACUCCUCAAGGUGUUAGUUGCAAGUACGAAACAGGAUGGUUCUAUACGAGAUCCUCGAGAAGAGGAAAAACUUGUUCGGUUGUUUGUCAUAGUUCCGAAGACAUAUUCUGAAGAGGAUGUUCGUACAGAAUUCGAGAAAUUUGGAGACAUUGAGUCCGUGACUGUGCUAAAAGAUCGGAAGUCUGGUGAAUCAAAAGGAUUCGGUUAUGUGAAAUAUUACCGACCUUACCAUGCUGCACUGGCCUAUGAAUCAUGUGACCCAGUUUUCAAGCCACGGUUUGCCGAACCUAAAAUCCCACGCCAUGAAAGAGAAUAUGAUCACAAUGGUGGUGGCGGCGGUGGUGGUGGUGGAGGAGGAGGAGGAGGAGGAGGAGGAGGUGGAAGUGGUGACUACUACGACUAUAUGGACCGAGGUGUUAAACGCUGUUUCACCGAGAUGGGUGGCCGUGAAGAUUUUGGUUACCGAGGCUAUGAUAUGUACAGUGGAGCAGGUGGCUAUGGGCCAGCAAUUCCUGAAGCUAUGCCUCCAUAUCCAAAUGCCAGUGGAGUUGGUGGCAACAUGGGAGGAUGUUCUUCUUCCGGUAUGGGGCCAUUAGAUCCUAUCCAGAACUACCCACACAAUAACUACCAACGCCUUCAUUUAACUGUGGCCCUUGGUCUCAGCCAAUCUUACCUCACACGUCUCCUCAAUCUUGUACCAGGUCUCGAAUACUGUGAUCUCAAUGAAAGCACUGGUGUUGCCUAUGCCAGGUACUGUACUCCACAAGCAGCUGCUUAUGCAAGAGACAAGCUGGAAGGUUUUGAGUACCCUAUAGGUUCCAGGAUACAUGUCCGUUAUGCAGACCAGCCAUCAAAUGUUGAUAUGCCCCUUGGUUAUAGUGAUAGUUAUAUGGAGGGAGCAGUAGCCGGUUCUCCACUCUGGACAUCAACACCAAAGGAUACUUUCAAGAAGGCUGCAAUGGUUUUGGAGAAAGCGGGCAUCAGCCCUGAUCGUAUUUUAGCAAAGGAGCCAGUUUUAGAGCGUGUCCGUUACUCUAACAUUAGUCUGCCUCGUACGCAACCGUUAAGAUCUGAAGACACACCCGUCAGUCAACGUCUGUUUAUAGUUUGUCAGCCUUCUGCUGUCCCAGAACUGAUCCUACGUGACUGUUUCUGUCGAUUUGGGGACCUCAUUGAUGUCUAUUUGUUAUCAGGCCGUAACUAUGGUUACGCAAAAUUUGCCUGCAAAGAAGCUGCUGGUCGAGCCAUGCACACUCUCCACGGACAGAGUAUUGCAGGACAACGCCUGAAAGUCCUGGAAGCUGAACCACCCAAAGGAGUUCCACCGACCAGUGAAGAUGAUGGACCAUCGAAAAAGCAGAGACUUUAAGGAUAAUAAGCAAAUAUAUUUAAAUAAAUUAAAAUGCUUGUUCUAUUUGAUUUCCAUAUAGGACAAAUUUUUGGAACACGAAUGGCUGGAGCUUCAUUCACUGAAACUGCUGGAAUUGUUUAAUGUUUUGAGAGGUUACAGUCUCUAAAAUAACAUUGGCAUUCCACACCCAAGGAACAAAAAUUGCCUCUGGCCAGUGCAAUUCUGGAUGGAACCCAAAGCUUGCAGAGAGGGACCACAGAAUAGCGAAAUAUAUUGUCUUAAAACUAUCAAACUACAGCAGUAAAUGUGACAGGAGAACUAAAUUACCAUCUUGUCAACUCUGUGUCAAGAAAACCCAUUUGUUUUGAGCUCCAUAAAGCUGGGUACUAUUGGAGGCCUGAAAUUGCUAAACCUCACCUGUUCUGCAUCAUGUUGAUGUUUGGUAGGUGGAUAAAAUGGUGUCUAAACUAUCAGAAGUAGUCAACAGAACAAUGUCAAUUUCUCUGACGAAUUGUCAUUCACUCUUUUUCCCCAACUUCAAAGUAAGUUUAUCUCUAGAUACAGACCAAGAAAGCCUUUAACCCUAACUGGCUCCUUCUGUGAAAUAUGGAAGUGGCUCUGUUAUAUUUUGGACAGCUUUAUCAUGGAAUUCUCUUGAGCUUUUGGUCAUUCAACUCGGCAGAGUUAACUCCAAAGACUGUGUAUUUUGGCAGAUUAUGUCCAUCGUAUGGUACAAACAUUGUUCCUUGAUAGCAAUAAAAUCUUCCAGGACAAUAAAUGUGCCAAUUCACAUAGAUAAUGUUAUUCAAAAUUGUUAUAAAGAGCACAAUAGUGAAGUAGACCACUUGGAUUGGACCCCACAAUCACCAGAUCUCAAUAUGGGUCUUUUGGAGCAGCAAGUGAGGAGCUGCUUCCCUUUGCCAUUCUCACAGUUACAGCUGAAGCAGGUUUUAAUUGAAGAAUGUCUCAAAAUUCCCCUGACAACUAUCCAGAACCUGAUUGAAUCAAUUCUUCAACAUUAAAAUUGUGAUUGAUACCAAAGGUGGACUAACCCUAUAUUAAAUGAGGAUUUCAAAUUUUGGCUCAAGGUCAGCAGUUUUGACCCCAGUACUUGAUUGGUACUUUAUCGAUCCUGAGAAGAUGAAAGGCAAAGUUGAUCUCAGUAAUAAAUAAUAAAACUUACAUUUAACAAGCUGUUUCCAUUAUUUUGUCCCUAAAUGCAUGUGUGUAUAUAUACAUGCAUUCAUAAACACACACACACGUGUGUAAAUGAGUGUAGCUACUUCCAUCAACUUAAUAGUUCAUUAUUAUAUACAUACAUAUUUUUGUGUGGGUGAUUGGAUAGACAGAUAGAUAAAUACAGGCACACCUGCAUUAACAACACUAUGUCUAUGCAUGGACUCAGCUCUGAGUGUGUGUGAGAGAGAGAGAAAUAAAGACGAAGAGACACAGAUACCCUGAAAAAGUCAAAUGGUCAGUCAUACACACCUACUAACAAGUUACAUAAAAAAGUCACCAAGAUAAUCAGCUUUGUUUAGAUAGAGAGCUGACCUUUGACACAGUAGGGGACAAUGUGAUUGUAGUGUUUUUUAAAAUUUUUAUUUUUCACCCAAAUAGUUGCUCCCUAGAAAUAUUAUAUUUUGACAUCAGUAAAUAUCACCCAAUUUCAAAACAAAAAAAAAAUGAAACAAACAAAAUAAAGACAACAAGGACAAAUAUUACACACAAUAAUAAUAAGAAUAAUAUUAAUAAUAAUAAUAAUGAUGAUAAUAAUAAAAUUAAAAUAAUAUACUUUACAUUUGAGGUGGGAACAGCCACUUGUAGAAUUUUAACAUUUUAAAAAGGCUUUAAAAAAAGGUGGGAGAGGUGAAUAAACUAGGAUUUGAACCUAGAUUCAGAACUUUCAGAAUUAUUUUUGUUUCUUUUUUCUUCACCAAUUUAAAACAGUUUUUAAAAUUGUCUUAUUUUUGUUUAUUUUAGUUGGUUGGUUUCAAUCUUCCUUUUAGCGUUUUGCAAUCCACAGGACAUGACAGUUGUGUGGCAUUUAGGUGAGCUCGGGUACCUUGCCCAAGACAUCUGUGUGUACACAAGUCUAUACAUGUAAAUAUACUAUAUGCGUGUGUAUGUAUGUAUAUAUAUAUAUAUAUA